AUGAAAGUUUACAAGCAGAUAAUAGUGAUAAAGAAAAUGAUGAUCCUCAAUUAAAAAAUCCAAGAAAACGUCAUGAAAAGGGUCGACCAUUAGGUACAAAAAGAUUUAAAUUAUCACAUGAAAGUUAUAAGCCUAAAAUAAAGCAUCAAAGAUGA